AACAGCGGAGUGUAGCAGAUCAAUGUUUCCUUGACAAAAAGGUGCACGUGAAGCCCCACUGAUGGCAGUCUUUGAUAAUAAUACAGUCAUACGGCAAACCUCGUGAGGUAGCUUGUGCAAUUUUCACGGGUAAAUUCGACAUAUGAACUAUUAAAUGAUAGCCCUUUGCUGUUGAAGACUGAAUAGACUAACUAGAAAAACUGGUUUGGCUCGACACCGAACUAACACGCAUGUGUGCUAACAGACUACGACACAUACGGAGUCAUCUUUUGACUGCAAACAAGUGUGCAGAGAUGGCUGGCCCAGUCAGUCCUCUAACCACCCAUGUACUGAACACUGGUAGGGGUGUCCCUGGCUCCCACAUGGCUCUCAGUCUGCAUCUACUAGACCCCAACACUGCUACGUGGACCCUCCUCAUGACAGGGACCACCAAUGAAGAUGGCCGCUGCCCUGGGCUCAUCACCAAAGAGACUUUCACUCCCGGGGUAUACAAGAUGCGCUUUGAGACAGGACAGUACUGGGAGAGCCUAGGGGAGGCAUGCUUCUAUCCAUUUGUUGAAAUAACUUUCACCAUAACUGACUCAAGCCAGAAGUUCCACAUCCCUCUGCUUCUCAGCCGUUUCUCCUACAGCACCUAUAGAGGGAGCUAAAGAAAAGCUAUGGGGACCUGAACUACUUAACUGGAGGUCCUAUAGGUUGAAUGGUCAGGAAAGAGUUAACUUUGGCAGGUGUGUGCACACACAGAGGAAAGAAACAUAUUAUGUCUGCACCAUUUAUUGGGUUCACAACUGAAAUUACAAUAAAAAGGAUACACCACA